AAUUGCUUAGGAUGCAUGCAAUUGUCGGUUUUAAUUAAUUUAGUGUUGCUUGUAUCUCAUUUCAAUGAAAGUGAUGUUAGAAACGAAAGCAAGGUGGCCCCGCUUAAAAAAUAGAUCGCAAAACAUUCCCCAUUUUAAGCGUCCCCAGUCGUCACUAGUGGUUUUAGUGUGGUGCUGUAUUGCAGCAUGCAUUUUCCUAUCGGUGUCGGAGGUGCAAGGUUUACGGAAGUAUGCAGCUAACGAUAUGCAUCGUUUACGAGAAAGAGUGCGUCAAAUGUUUCAUCAUGCAUACGAUGGUUAUCUGCAGUAUGGCGCGCCGUACGAUGAAUUGCGACCGUUAUCCUGUGAUGCAAUCGACACUUGGGGCAGUUAUUCGUUGACUUUGAUUGACGCACUCGAUACUUUAGCGGUCAUGGGCAACUACACAGAAUUUGGACGCGUGGUACAGCUUUUGCGCGAUAGAUCGUUUGAUGCAGACAUCAACGUAUCGGUGUUCGAGACGAAUAUUCGCAUAAUUGGAGGACUACUGUCGGCACACUUGCUUUCUUACCACGCUGAUCUAGCAUCUAUGGGACUGGUGAAGCCCGGUUGGCCUUGUGAAGGUCCACUAUUGGAAAUAGCAGAGGAUGUUGCUCAACGUCUAUUGCCUGCGUUCGAUACUGCUACGGGCAUGCCGUAUGGUACUGUAAAUCUACGUCACGGUGUACCGUAUGGUGAAACGUCUGUCACCUGUACCGCCGGUAUAGGAACUUUUAUUCUAGAGUUUGGCACGCUCAGCAGACUGACAGGAAAUCCCGUGUACGAAGAUGUCGCGAUGAACGCUCUGUCUGCACUGUACAAACACCGCUCCCCAAUAGGAUUGUAUGGCAACCAUAUCGAUGUACAAACCGGUCGCUGGAUAGCUCAGGAUGCUGGUAUCGGUGCUGGGGUGGACUCUUACUUUGAAUACUUGGUAAAGGGUUCAAUUUUACUCGAACAACCCGCACUGAUGGCCAAGUUUCUCGAAAGUAAGGUAGCGAUUGAUCGUUAUUUGAAACGCGAGGAUUGGUACGUUUGGGUUAGCAUGAGUAAAGGACAGAUCACGCUUCCCGUAUUUCAAUCACUUGAAGCAUACUGGCCGGGCUUACUUAGCUUGUAUGGUAAUAUCAAGGAAGCGUUACGAGUAUUACACAACUACCAGUCCGUAUGGCGUCAGUAUGGAUUUUUACCGGAGUUUUACAAUAUUCCCACUGGUGAAGCUGGUGCAAACCGUGAAAACUAUCCCCUACGACCAGAGCUGAUUGAAUCCGUGAUGUAUCUUUAUCGUGCUACCGGUGAUCCUUUCCUACUGGAGGUAGGCGAAAACAUCCUUGAAAGCAUAGAGCAUAGCGCGAAGACGUCUUGUGGGUAUGCGACGAUACGUAACGUUCUGACACACCAACAAGAGGAUCGCAUGGAAUCAUUCUUUUUGGCCGAAACUACCAAAUAUCUGUACCUACUGUUCGAUCCAAAUAAUGUUUUGCACAAUGAUGGAAGCAUUGGUAAUGUUGUCAAAGUACUUAAGAACGUCGAUGAUAGGACUGAAAUAAGCGAAUGUGUUCUAGGUGCUGGGGGACACAUCUUCAACACCGAAGCCCACCCUAUUGAUCCAACGGCUCUACGGUGCUGUGAAGCGAUUCAUAAUAACAUGUUUGCUGAAAGAGCAUUCAAAAACCCGAACAAAGACCACUUUCCGCGUGGCGAAUUGUUUCUUUCAAAAGAUCAACGAAAAAAGGCAAAAUCACAUAAAAAAGAAGCUAGCCAACAGAUGUGGGAUCGUCCCGUGCGUAAAGAACCAACAUUUUCUGACAUUGAAACAAAAACCUAUGAUGGUAUGAUUACCGGUGAUGGUAUGGUAAGUCUUCCUAAGACCGACACAAUGAAUCGUGAUGUAGAGAAAGUGGAGAGUGCUGCUAGUAAUAUUAAGAUAAAAACUAUCUCAUCAGCCGUGCCAAUUUUAAGCAAAGAUAUUAAAUCAUCUUCAAAUUUGCACGACAAACCCUUUGAUGAUGCUAGUCGUGUGCUUUCGUCCGUAUCUGAAAAUGUAGGACAGUCGUCAACCAGAAUCCGGAAGGAAACGAAAUGCACGGACAAAACCAAUUAUGUAAUUUUUGGAACAGAUCGUGUCGCGGAAGAAUCGUGCAAUAUUAUGGUGAAAUCUAAACUUACGCCAACCAACGAAGGAAGCAAUGAAAAUGAGGAAGAUAAAACAAUGACAACGCUGUUGAAACUCGUGCAAAACAUGUUUCAUACAACAGUCGGUCAACAUGAUCUGAAAAGAUCAAAGUUUGAUCGUGAAAAAUUCUAUCAACAUUUAAUCAGAAACCGAGUGUUAGAUGAAGAAAUUAGCAAAUACAACACAACGGCACCAUCAUCAAACAAAGAGGAAAAACUUCACGAGCUGCUACUGUGUCGCGCACAACCCUAUCUACAUCGGUUGACUCUAAUGGGAGAAUUUUACUAGAGUGUUGGGAACACGUUGUUGUUGUUUGCAAUAAAUUUGUUAACUGUCUUGAAAUUGCACACCUCGGAUAUAUAUGUUUGUUAAUUCUUUAUCUUAGAUCUUUACCAAUCGCUGCAGGACUUAACUAGAACAAUCAGGAAUUUUUCAGGAAAGCUUAAAAAAGUGAAAUAACUGAAAGAAGUGAAAUCACUAACUGUUGGUUAGUGAAGAUAAAUAAGUGAAGUAGCCCAGGAAGAUGGAUUGGAAGCGGUACAGAUUGAUACGAGUAGUGGUACUGAAGAAGCAAGCUGUCUAGUUGUCUUGCAAGAACGAUCAAUAAACGACGAUCGUUUCCAUCAAAAUAAGGGGUAACGUAAGUAGGUAGUAGGUUUAAGGGCAAACAUAUCCAAAAACACACAAUUAUUUCUAAACAUGUCAAAUAUUAACAUAACACAACAAAGCAUUCCAACAUUUCUAUUGGCAAACAUUUUCUAUACGCAAAUUUCGCAUCUUUCGUUACGAACAGAUUUUUUUUCGGUUUUUUUUUUGUUUUUUUAUACCAUACCUCUACUGGAAAGCAAUAGGACAAUCAAGGAAAUCACCUCACAAUAAACACUAAAUAAUAAUAAUAAAGAAAUAAAUUUGUCAAUAAAACACAUAACUAAUAUGACAUAAAUGGACAAAAGUAUAAUAUAUUUCGUGUUCAAAAAACAGCACAA